AUGGAGCGGUCGAAGACCAAGGAAGAGAUCUACCAACGAGACCGAGGAGAAGAGAUCUUCUUGGAAGUUCAAGAUUUGUGCCGGUCUGCAUUGAUGAGCUAUCAUAAGGACUGGGAAAAAGCUGUUAGCGAGCUGAAGCUUGCGGUGGAAAAGGUCAAAAGAGUCCAAGAUCACUUUGAGAAAGCAGGACUGGAGUCCUUGAAGCUGAACAAGAUGACUGCCGGAGGGAGAAGGAUAAAAGCCCGCGAUGUGCUGGAGAGCGAUCUAUACGAGGCCCUCGAGUUCUUGAACGAGCCGAAACUGCCUGAUGUUGUCGUGUACGACUUUCUCGAUCGAUCUGCUCCAGUAAAACAACUUGAAUUUCGGAUCCUGAGCGAGGUGGAUAAGGCAAACAAGAGGGCAGAGGGAGAGUCGAAGGUGUCUCUAGCGAGGAAAUGUAUCCAGCAAGGCAUGAAAGAUCAAGAAGCAGGGAUGUUUGCUUCAGCCAAACUCAACUUUGAUCGAGCGCAAACAAGCAUGAAAGAGGCAAAACAAUUGUUCAUCAGCGUCAACCAGCCGCCUGAGGAGCUGAUGAGCCGCUGGAACGAAUGCUGCGCUGACAGUGAAAGAUUUCCCAUGCUCACAACGGAGAAGCAGAGGGAGCUAGAACAAGCCUUGAUAGACAGAGAGAAGGAGAUGUUCUGGUCGCCGAGAGACUGGGAGCUGGGGUUCGGUAUCGACCAUCCGACUCUUUUCUGUGUUGGGAUGCUUGAGGUGGGGAUUGACCUACAGGAGCUGUGUUCGGAGAUGAAGGAGAGUGGUAUGGGAUGGCCGCACAGCGAAGAAGGGAUUCUACAUGAUGGGAGCGAUUGUAUGAACAUGAUCGAAACUCUCGAGGGUGAACUUCAAGACGCUCUGAGAUUUCAGGAGGAGGACAUGGCGUUCAAGGCGGAGAAGGACAGGAGUAGGAGCGAGGAGAGCGCUGUAUCCUACCUCGACAGGCCGAUGGAGCAGAGGGAGCUGUUGAUUCCUGUGUGGGAGGACCUCCCUCCCGACAAGCUCGGGGAGGUGGCGGCCACUGACGAGGUGAAGGAGCUUCAUGAAUGCGCGUUCCGCGGAGACGUUGAGCGACUCGUUUGGCUGCUGGAAGUUUGUGAGAAGCAGCAUUUCCUCGACUACGACGAGAAGAAGAAACCUGUACAAGUCACUGUCAACAAGAGACUCCAGGUCGACGUGCCGGACUACGACGGCAAGACUGCUCUGUUCCAGUGUGCUCGAGCAAACCAGUCCGGUGCUGCCAAGGUCUUGCUCGAGCAUGGAGCGCGGAUCGAUCAUCGAGACGUGAAUGGCAACUCUUCUCUCCACAUUGCAGCAGCGAGCGGUUCCUCGGAGGUGGUGAAGCUCUUGCUGGAGGAGAAGGCCUCCCCGCUCCUGUCGAACCUCCUGGGCGAGUUGAGUCUGGUGGCUGCUGGGGCGGACUUGAACGUCUCCGAUCAUGCAGGGCAGACCGCGCUGCGUCAUGCGAUUAAGAAUCGACGGUUGGGAUCGAAGGAGCUCUACAUGAUCAACUUUCUGCUAGUCAUGGGGGCAGACGCGGACGCCAGGGAUGGCUCCGGGAGGACGGCCCUCGACCUCUGCGAUCACCUUCAGGCAAGGUCCCUCCUGCGGAGGGCCUACUCCAGCCAAGGCCAGCUGAGGUGA